AUGGCCGACGGGCACGGCUGGUGGAAGCUGACGUUCCUGAGGAAGCGCCAGGCAGCGCCCACGGUGCUGUACGAGAGCCCCGACGGGCACGGGGCACCGGGAGGGGACAGCGCGGAGGGGACGGGACCGGAGGGGACCCCCGGCUACGCCGCCCGCUUGGAGAAGAUCGUGGAUAAGAACACCAAGGGCAAACACGUCAAGGUUUCGCAUUCCGGCCGUUUCAAGGAGAAGAAGAAAGUGAGGGCGACGCUGGCCGAGCAUCCCAACCUGUGCGGGGCCGGAGAGCUGGAGGAGAAGUGA